GUCACAGUGGCUCUCGCUGUUGCGGGAAAAGCUGUUCAGAAUCUUAGACUGGACGUUUUACAUCCGAGGAGCCAGCAGGGUUUCGGAAGCGAAACAUCAAGUCAACGGGGAUUAACGUUAGCUGCACUGUUUUGCUUGGUUAAAGGUACACGUACUAAAGAAGGUCAGCAGUGAGCGAAACAGACCAUGUCUCAGGACAAGAACAUCUACCCCGGGGUCAUGGGGGAGAACAACCCCCUCCACAACAACGUCUACGGACCACCCCAGCCCGGAUUUGGGAUACCCCCUCCCAACUACACCCAGGCCUCAGUGCAAGCUCCAUACCCCGGCCAGCCUGCAUCCUACGGCCAGCCUGCACCCUACGGCCAGCCUGCACCCUACGGUCAACCUGCACCCUACGGUCAACCUGCACCCUACGAUCAACCUGCACCCUAUGGUCAGCCUGUUUUCCCCCAGGGAGGCCCUGGGUUUGGACAAGGACCCUACCCUCAGAUGCCUUAUCCCCAGGCCCCGUACCCUGCGGGGCCCUACCAGCAACCUGCACAGCCAGGGUUCCCUGGUGACCCCAACGCUUCUAUGGGUGAUGGUUACCAUGGGGACGUGCCACCAUCUUACUACGACAAUGAGGAGUUCACCAACUCUGGCUUUGAGGACAAGAGCAUUCGACAGGCCUUCAUCAGAAAGGUGUUCCUGGUGCUGACCGUUCAGCUGAUGGUCACCUUCUCCUUCGUAGCCGUCUUCACCUUUGUUGAUGACGCCAAGUUGUUUGUGCGGCGUAACCCCUGGACAUACUACGUGUCCUACGCCAUCUUCUUCGUGUCUCUCAUCACCCUCAGCUGCUGUGGAGAGUUCCGCCGCAAACACCCCUGGAACCUGGUGGCAUUGUCCAUCCUGACCCUAAGUCUUUCCUACAUGGUGGGGAUGAUCGCCAGCUUCAAUGACACAGAGACGGUCAUCAUGGCCGUGGGCAUUACCGCUGUGGUCUGCUUCACCGUGGUCCUCUUUUCACUACAGAGCAAGUAUGACUUCACUUCCUGUCGGGGCGUUCUGUUCGUGUGUCUGAUCGUCCUGCUGCUCUUCUCCAUCCUCUGCAUCUUCAUCCGCCACAGGAUCCUCCACAUCGUCUACGCCUCCCUGGGAGCCCUGCUCUUUACCUGUUUCUUGGCUGUAGACACCCAGCUCCUCCUGGGCAACAAGAAGCUGGCUCUGAGUCCAGAGGAGUACAUCUUCGCUGCUCUCAACCUCUACACCGACAUCAUCAACAUCUUCCUCUACAUCCUGGCUAUCGUAGGCCGUUCCCGCGAGUGAUGGAGUGGCUCCCUCUAGGGGAAAAGGAGAGGAAGGCAGCCAGGAACCUCCUCAGUGUGGAAGAAUGAAUGAUGCUCUUUCCCCUCGCUGUCUUUGUAUGAUUUGUUCCCGCUCCCAUUCCUCUGUUACACCUCCCCCACCCUCAUCCCACCCCCUUCAGGAGAUUAAUUGGGUGACAGAAAAGGGGGUUCUGUCACCUUUAGCAGUAGCCAAUUAAACUCAACUCCACGAUUUACGAUGGAGUUGAGGGGUAAAUCGGAGUUGAGUUUAGUCGGCUACUUUAGCAGCAGGCCUGUCAUAGAGUGCAGCAAAGAAGGGCACACUUUUUAAUUAUUUAUGUAAAAUUCCAUUGAAGUAUGUUACCACGGUGACAGAAGUUACACCUUUUCUUAAAAUUCCUUGUUUUGUUUUUAACGCCUUCUGCUUGCUCUGUCCUCCUUGGCAAUCUGCUUCGAUUUACACAGAGAUGGUUGCUAGCUAGUACAGCACAACAUUAGCUGAACAAACACUACAGAACUCUCCUUUGGCGCUCUGCCUUGCCUUGUAGGUUAAGCGCUGUAGAGAGAUAGAGAGGGAAGAGGGAGUUAUGCUAUCUGAUAGAGAGAGCAGCGCUGUGAUGCAGGUAAGCGCUUUAUAAGGGAAAAACCGUACUAGAUACUAGAAACAACACCAUUCUUGCUAUAUCCUCUCCCUCUGGUGUUCCCUCCUGUUCCUGCCAAUGUAAAGUAACUCUGCAUGGCACCUGAAACACAGCUGUGAUUAGAUGAAUAAAAACCCUCCAGAGGGAUGAUACCUCUCCUGACCUUCUUGUUACGUAACUGUACAUGAAGGGAGAACAAUAUGCUCACUCAAUGUACAGUAUAUGACCUAUAACAUCACUACGCAUCGCUAACCAGUACAAAGACCAAAACUUGAAUAAAAUGUGAAGAACGUUUGUUUUGUUAACAUGGAUGUAUGACUUAUACACUAAUACACAUGAAUAUAUUUAUGAAAUCCCUGACACCCCCCCCCCCCCUAACCCUAACCCCCUCGAGCUAAGUGUGGAAUUUCCCAUCUGCUUCUUUUGGAUUUAUUUUCCCCCUCAUAUUUUCCCUUUUUCUUACUAAUUCCUAAUUUGUCUCCAUGUCUUUAUGUAUAGUAAAUACUAUAGUGUUGAUUUUUUUUUUCUCUCCAUUAUUACUAAUGUGAAAUGUUGAAGUAUUGGAAUUACUGAACACUUUUAUACAGAUGUUACAAAAAUAUCACUAGUUGCUUGUUAUUUUAAAAACUGACCUGCAGUAGUAGAUACAUGGACACGGAGAUUGAAGGACAUAAGUUAUUAAUCUAUUUAUUGAAGUUGCUGUAGAAGGCAAGGCUGCUGUGAAGUUGAAAGUGAAUGAGCAGGAAACUCAACACUCCAUUUUCUGACCUUCUGAAUGAUGCAUGGUGAAAGGGCCUCCUAGGAGAGGUACGUUUAUUAUUGACCAUUUACGUCCCAAAUGGUACCCUGUUUCCUACUUAGUGCACUACUUUCCUACUUAGUUCUCUGGUCAAAAGGAGUGCUUUAAAUUGGAAAUAGGGUGGCAUUUAGGACGUAGAGUGACGUAUAUUCUGUGAGGUUUCCUGCUCAAACUUGAAGGAUUAAUGUAAAUACUUGGAAGACUUGAAGGUAGAAUAAGGAGAGGCUGGAAACACAGACAGAAUCACUAAGACUUGUCACUAGAGAAAACAUUCUUAGUUUUAACACCCCACUACUACCAAUGCUGACCAAGCAGUUGAGAUGUUCUCCAUUGAAACAAAACACUAGACACUUAAGUUACAUCCACUAAUAUGAAUACCAUUUUGAAAACCACAUCAAAGCCUUGAAUCUCUUGAGUUCAGUUAUGAUUUGACUCCUAUUGCACGAUCCUUCCCAAUUGUUGCAUGUGCUGUGAUUGCACACUGGGCAGUGCACUAGCUGUUUCUUUGAGACACGUGGAAUGAAGAAUAAUCAUAAUGAUAUAAUCAUGAUGAUAGUGUUAUAGUGUUAUAUUGUGCUGCCUAUAGCCCUGUUUUAACCAUUUUGAUUUAACUUUUGUGUUUGUAUCUAACUAAAUGUGUAUAUAUAAUACAACUCCUUAGUGGUUUGAUUUGUAUUGAGUAAUUUCCGUCUUUGUAGUUCUGUUUGCACUGUAAAUUUGCAUUAAAAUUGAACUGCAUUCCUCUA